AUGUCUUCUGCGACUAGCUUCUACGACUUCGAGCCGGUGGAUAAGAAGGGAUCCCCCUACCCCCUCACCAGCCUCAAGGGCAAAGUCGUACUGGUCGUGAACACAGCCUCGAAAUGCGGCUUCACGCCGCAAUUCCAAGGCCUCGAGGCCCUCUACCAGAACCUCAAGGGCAAAUACCCCGACGACUUCCUCAUCAUUGGCUUCCCCUGCAACCAGUUCGGCGGCCAGGACCCCGGCUCCAACGACGACAUCCAGUCCUUCUGCCAGCUCAACUACGGCGUCACCUUCCCCGUGCUGGGCAAGCUGGACGUCAACGGCGACAGCGCCGCCCCCGUGUGGACCUGGAUGAAGGAGCAGCAGCCCGGCGUGCUGGGCCUGAAGCGCGUCAAGUGGAACUUCGAGAAGUUCCUCAUCUCGGCCGAUGGCAAGGUUGUGGGCCGGUGGGCGAGUCUCACGAAGCCUGAGAGCCUGGAAGAUACCAUUGUGAAGGAGAUCGAGAAGGCGAAGAAGGAGGGCACUCUGGCAUCGGCGGGUGCUGGUGAGCAGGCGAAGUUGUCUUAG